GCAGACCGGACAGCAAAUAUAUAUAUAAAGCUACCGUUUUCUCGGCGAUUCGAACAGUUUCUUCGCAACAAGAGAGAACAAUGUCUGUGAUCCCGCUGUUUCUGAUACUCUUUUGCGGCUCCGUGUUCUCGACGGAAACAACAAGCGAAUCUAAACAAAAUAAACGAGGUAUCCUCGAUGCCGGCGGAUGGGUUGGUAUACCAAAUCAUCACGGAUACGGUCACGGGCUUCCGUGGGCAGGCGAUCACGGUUGGAAAGGGCUGAGGUUCCCCUCUUUCGAUUUAGCCCACGGAGGAUUGUACGGUGGCAUACCGUAUGGUAGAGCUCCGGCGAUUUCUUUGAAAGCGAUUCCGGUGUAUAUCACGAAGCACGUGGUCCUGGAAAAGCCAGUUCCGGUUCCCGAGCCGGUCAUCAUCGAAAAACCGUAUCACGUGCCGGUGGAGAAGGUGAUCCCGGUGCCGGUCGAGAAGAUCAUUCACAAACCAAUUCCGAUCCCGUAUCCGGUACCCGAGGCAGUGCCGAUACCGGUAGAACGGCCGGUGCCGAUACCUGUGAGACACCCUGUGGCGGUGCCGGUGCAGCAACCGUAUCCGGUUCCGGUGAAGCAGGCAUUCCCUGUACCGGUGCCGGUUCCAGUUCCAUUUCCGCUGCACCCGCCGCCGUUUUCCCUUUACGGGCCCAGCCCGUUCCCAGGAGGCGUUUACGCUCGCGGUUAUGGCGGCGGUCACUUUUACCCGUCGAUCCAUGGCGGUCACUUCCCGGGACACGGCUACGGGCACGGCUUCGGCAUUGGCCACGGGAUCGGUCACGGAUUCGGCCAUGGAAUCGGCCACGGCUUCGUUCAUGGAUACGGCCAUGGUUUUGGUCAUGAGUUCGGUCAUGGACACGGGCAUGCCCAUGGAUUUGGCCACGGCUACGGCAACGGAUACGGCCAUGGUUAUGCUCAUCAUUUCGGUUACCCCCACGCCCAUGGUUCCGAGCACGAUCACAGCCACGGGCACGGCCAUGAUCACAGUCAUGGGCACGAUCACAAAAAACGGAGCAAAGACUGAACGCUGGAAAUUGGGUAAGGAUCGAAUGAGUCGUCUGUGAACAAAUCCGCAACGCUUGCAACAACGUUAGACCGUAAAAAAUAAUACGUACUGGUAGACUGUGAAUUUUCAAUCAUUUUCAUGCAUCCAUGACAGAGACGAAUUAUGUAGUUAGCUCACAAUACUCGUUUUACUUCCAUCCUAGUAUGUCAAGAUUUUACUUUACCGUCCUAGUAUAUUAAUUAAUUGUACUUCCGUCGUAGCGUUCUAAGGUUUUACCAUGAACAUUUUGCACAACGAUUUGCAAUCUACGUGAUCGGCGAUAAUCCUUUUCUUCGCGACACAUAAUGUUUCUGUGAACGACGUAAAGUAGAAAUACUUCUUCCUAUGCGAGCUAAAAAAAAAACAUUUUAUACCAUGAAUUCGAGGAAAAAGGUGUAAGACAUUGAUAAACUUGGGAUAACCUGGAUUGAAUGAAUAUGGUGCAGCAUAAGUUAUUGCCGCUCGGAAACUUUCAUGGUACAACGGUGUAUUUGGGAGAUCGUACGGUAGAUGGGAGUUUUAUGCCCUCAUUUGCUUCUUUCGUGAAGUUUCGGCACCUGCCGAGUGUAGGCGCAAUUACGGUUACAAUUCGUGAUAUAUAUAUAUAUAUAUAUAUAUUUUUUUUUUAUGAAUCGAAAGAAUCGUUUUACCUAAACAUCGUACGGUAACCGAACAAUAUCAUCGAUAUCGUCCACGUUGUAACGACAGUUAUUGAUUGCAUUAUACAUAAAAUACAUAAAAUACGCCAUAAAAUUCGAUCGUUGUCUACUGUUAAUAUAUUUUUUUUAUAAGACUACGGGUUAAUUAUUUGACGAGAAAAUUUAUGAAAUUUUUUUAAUAAUUUGCUUCGGAUCUCUGUCAUGAGCAAAGUUGUAUACGUUAAAUUUAUUUUAAUAAUACCAUUAACAAUAGUAACUCGUACUAUUAUUCCUAAGUAGUCGAUAAUAUUAAUAUACAAUAAUAUAAAGAUACGAGAAAUAAUUUUUACUUAAUUGUUAAAUCUAGGUAUAGAUGAAGUUCAAAGAAUUAGUGAUAUGUUUUUUCGAACGAAAGUCAGCUACUUUUACGUAUAUUUCCGAUUGUUAAGUUUCGACUGUACCGUCUUUUUUGUUUGAAUAUGUUAAACAUGUGCAUGUUUAAGUGAAAAUAAAUCUAUUAAAAUCUGA